CGUCCUUCCACAUAAUUCGACUGAGUUUUUGAUCCGCUCAGGCUGGCAGUGGUGCUUCUCAUGGGUACCGUCCUGUCAACAGAUUUGUCAAGCGUUUUCAACAGACUUAAUAGGAGCUGGUGACUUCUCUUUGUGCGCUAUUGCAGCUGCACGAGGUACCCUGAUCUGCAGUGAGUUGGUGAGUUGGUGAGAUUCCUCCACACGCUUGUCUUUAAAUCAACGACAUAGUAAAUCAAUAUUGAAUGCUUCAGAUAGGAGAUCAGCUGAAGGUCUAGGCUUUGAAGGAAGCACAUCCUUGGCAACUGCCUGAUGAGAGGAGGGGCAAAGUCUGUGCAAAAGCAACAAGGCAUGCGCAUGAAUCCAGGAUAGCAGUAGAGCUUACCAAUCAAAUCUUGCUCUGGAGGGAUUCUGGCUUUGACCGCUACAAUGCUGAAUAUGACGUCUAUGUGAGCAAAAACUGGGGCGAUUCAAAGGACAUGGAGUCCUCUACGCCGGUGCCGGUUUCCCAGAUGGCAUUUGGCGAAGCUGCAGCCAUGGAUGAACAAGCAGACGUCAUCAAUGGACGAGACCAAGGACUACCCCCAUUGAGUAAACUUCUGAAGGUCGCCACUUGCAAGGAGUUAGAUGCAUUCGUUGCCAGGAUUUUCUUCCUCAAAAAAGCAGAGGGAGGUGGGGUUAGGACAACUGGCCUGGUCCCCGCCUGGUUCCCCAACAUCGACAAUCGGACGGAGAAGUAUGUCCACCGAGCGCAGAAGCUCAAAAAGCACGAGCUGCUCCUCGUGCUUGAAGCAGCCUUGACCUCUUACCGCAACGAACCCCAGGGGCGUGAGGCCCUCAAAGCCCUCCAGUACGGCAUCACCGAGUACUUCAAGGAACCAAAGUGCCACUUGCGCCUCUUCCUCCAACGCAUUCUGACGAAUUACCUCAUCUCCCUCACGGGCGUACCAGUGGGGCAGCCUGACGGGGGAGGAAGCCCCUUGGUGAGGUCACCCCCUCCUACGUCGGCACAGAACAGUCGACUUGCGGGUUUAUCGCAAGAAGUUGGGGAGCCCGGGGCGGGUGCGGCGGCUUCAGGCUUUGCGGAGGAUGUUCACCGGGAGGACGUGGUUGCAAAACGCAAGAGGGUUGAGCCGGAAACGCGAACGACGGCGCCUAACGGGAGUCUUGACCAAGAGGGUGCGUCGCCCGCCUUUGCCUCAUCCCUGAUGACAUCGCCAGUGACGUUGGGCCCAGUCGUCGACCCCAGCUUGCCCCCAGGUCUCGAAACCGACAGCACCUCUCUUGAAGAGGACUUUGAGGGGCAAUCUGACUGGUUACCAAUUCCCGAGCCUCCACCUGCCGAGCGUCUACAGCCCUAUAUCCGGACCAAGAGCACCUUUCCUGAGCUCAUGCAAGUUGUCGAGGCUGAACAAGGCGCACCCCAGGAUCACUUCGAGCUGGGCAUGUACUACUUGAUCCCGAUGCGGGGCGCCCCUUAUGACGAGAAGAAGGCGUUCAUGUGGUUCAACAUAGCAGCUGCCUCAGUUGGGCUGAACGAGGGGUCGCCCCAGGCUUGGGCCUUGCUCGCAUGGUGCUAUUUCUACGCGGUCGGAGUGGCUGAAGACCGGGAGGGGGGUGUCAUGUGUGCCCGGAGAGUGCCUUGGGACCCCGUCGCCAUGUUCAUUCUGGGGGUGGCCUAUGCGGAAGGCUCGGGCGGGGUUGAGAGGGACCUGGAGGAGUCAAACAAGUGGUUGAAAGCAGCUACGGAAGGGCUGCAGCAAUCGUCCGCUUUCAACGACCCUUUCACGCAGCAACUCUUGGGUCUCUGCUGCUUGAACGGGCACGGCGGGACGGACAGGAGCGUUGGGCUUCACUGGAUUAGAAAAGCUGCUAUUCGAGGUUACCUGUCGGCUUGCAACGUCCUCGGAAAUCGUUUGCGAGGCGCGGGCCAAGUUCGAGAAGCCUUUGAGUGGACUUUUAAGGCUGCGGAGGGCGGCUAUGCCAGUGCACAGCUUGCCCUCGCAAAAGACUUUCUCCACGGCAGCGAUGCGGAAGCAUACUUCAAGUUAGCUGCAGAAAAGGGCCUCUCGGACGCGCAGUUUGAACUGGGUGUGAAGUACGUGGAAGUCGAGAAAGACCUCGACAAGGGCCUUAAGUGGCUCCGUCGGGCUGCUGCCCAGAAGCACAGGAAAGCGGAGGCUUAUCUUGCCGAGAUAGAGAACGAGGAAAUCAGAAAGGGCACCCUCGUCGUCUCGAGGAAAGUCUUGCUUGGUGCGGGAAGUUGUUGCGGUGCGUUGAGCAACCUGUCAAUUGCAGAAAACCAGAGUUUAACUGAGGUAGGUAGCUAGGACUCAUACUCUAGCUGAUGUUCUGUACAUGAUACCACAGCAAACGUUCCUCGGUCACGUAGCGACCAGACCGCUGGUACGAACAAGCUACUGUACCCUUAAUUGUAACAUAGCAAUCAUUAACAAGGAUUGGACUUUAAUCAUGCUGCUUGCACAUGACGUACAGUGGUCAGGGGGACGUAUCCUGUUCUCUGCAGACGGGAACCAGGUUACAAGCAUCAUG